AUGUUGCAAGUGGCAUGUGUUAAGAAAGGCAACAGAAAAGUUUCUUGGUUGAUAAGCCAUGAGAAAGACUUUGCCAAUGAGUUUGACUACUGUGUUAAUCGUACUGAAACAAUAGAUGAACUUGAGAUGUUAUGGCAGAAGCUAGAAGACAAAUACAGCUUGCAAGAGAAUGAGUUCUUCCAAAGUAUCUCUUCAACAAGGGAAAUGUGGGCGCCUGCAUACUUCAGAACUUACUUCUUCCCUUUAACCGGCACAACGGGCAGGUCGGAAAGUAUGAACUCAUUAUUCAAGAAAGUGGUGCACCCACAGGAUUCAGUGUUGCAGUUUGUGACCCAAUAUGAAUACAUCAUGGGUACCAGAGCUGAGAGGGAAAAUGUGGAAGCCUGCAAGGGGGAAAUUUCAGAUCCGCCGCUCCGGGCAAGUUAUGACUUUGAAAAACAAGCAGCAAACUUCUACACUCGUACUGUGUUCACCAAAUUUCAGGAGCUGCUUCGUGAUUCCACAAAAUUCAGGAUGGGAGACAUUGCUGAAGAUGAUGAGAGUUUGUCAAUUCAGAUAGUACAUCCAAACUCUAGCAAAGUCCGUAUCGUGUCAGUUAGUAAGGAUACAACAUCUUAUUUGUGCUCCUGCAAAAUGUUUGCCCGAGAUGGUCUCCUAUGUCCUCAUAUUCUGAAAGUUUUUACCAACCGAGACGUUCAGGAAAUUCCAGAUAAAUACUUGCACAGAAGAUGGUCAAAAGAGGCAACAACAAAGAUUCCAGAACAUCUCUCAGGUCCUGAACCAUCCUUUGGAGUUCCAGGUUCAAACAAGCUAAGGUACAAUGCAUUGUGUAGGAAAAUGACAGGACUAGCAGCGGAGGCAUGUUCUGGACCUGAAAAGUACACAGCUGCUUCUGCUGGGAUUGAUCAGUUGGUUGAGCUUGUAAAGGUAGCGGGAAAUCCAACAAAUGCGCAGCAAAAUGAAGCACCAGUUGUUGAGACAGACAAUAUGGUUGGGGGACAAGGUUCAACUCAAGCUGGAAUGGUGAAGAACCCGUCAAGGGUAAGUCGUAAGGGGCGUCCAAGGGGCAAAGUGGAUAGGAAAAGGUCAAUCAUGCUGCAAGCAAGGGAGAAAGCUAUGAAAAAGAAUGGGACAACAAAGAAGGGGACAACAAAGAAGAAGGCAAAAGUUCCACCAUGUUCAUAUUGUAAUGAAGAAGGUGACGGUGUUCAAACAUGCAAGUACAUGGCCACAGCACAACAAAUACUUGGAGAGCUUAAGCAAACAGAGCUGAAGCCGUAG